AUGUAUAUUGAAUCAUUAGAGAAUGAUGAUUACAGUGAUAAAGAUGAUGGGACAUUUUUAGGAAAGUUUAGGAAUUCAUUUCUUGAAAUAUCAACUUACUAAUUACAUAAACAUAAAUAGAAAUAGAAAUAAAUAGGAGCAGCAACAGAUUUCAAAUAAGGAUGUCGAUAAUUAUUAACAUUUUAUCUUUAAUAGAAGACUCCAUUACCAGAAUUAAUUUAUGCUUUAUAAAUAAAUAGAAAAUAAAAAACACCUCAUGAAGUAGUAGACUUAUCUAUUUUACCUAAUAAAAAGUUCUAUUGUUAAUUAGUAAGUGAAGAAGUAUUAAUGAAUUUAGGUAUUGAUAUAAAUUAUUAAUAUUAACUGGAUUAAAAUACAAGUAUAGAAACUUUUGAUUUUAUAUUGGAAGAAAUACUAUAACAAUUAGUUGAAAGAUAAUGGUUGUAAAUGCUAUCUAAACCUAAAGUGAUUUAGGCAGUAUUAGAAAUGACUUUAGAAUAUAUAGCAUUUAUGAAGGAAAGAGUUUAGGUUAUUUUAUAGGAUCCAAAAGUUAUUCAAUUUAUAGAUUAAUUAAGAUUAUUAUUAGAUGAAAAAGAAAAGAAAAAGGUAGUAUGUAAUGAUGUCAUUAAGGAAACAUUCUAAAUACUUAUUAAAUUAAUGGAUUGUAUGAGAGAUCCUGAAAUAUUCGAAUAAUAAAAGAAUGAUCUUUAUAAAGUUAAAUCAGAACAUAUUCAUUAAAGAAAGAAACGUAAAUAAAACAGAGAAUAUAAAUAUAGUUUAGAAAUCAACUUUUGGAAAUAACGUUCCAAAAUACCUGCUUAUUUUAUUUAUGUAAAUAAAAUAGCUAUGCCAGAAAUAAUAUAUUCUAUAAAAAUUGAUAGACCUGAAAGAAGGAAUUUCCCUAAUAAAAUAAAAUUAAGAUUAUACACUACUGAGAAAACUAUUGAAGCUUUGUAUAAUUAACCAACUACCAAAGAAUUUAUGGAAUCCUUUUAUAUGAAAGAUGUCGUACCAAAUUAAACACUUAAAUAUUUAGAUAGAAUUAAAGCCAAAAGAUAUUUUGAUGAUGAAAGAGUAGAUGAUAUCUAUGCUACCAACCUUAUUAAUGGUUGUAUUGAUUCUAUUUAUGAAUAAGCAUAAAAAGAUGUUGAUAUUAUGGAUAGAUUACAUGAUUGUAUUACUUCUCCUUGUGGUGGUUUCUUAAUUGUUAAAUUACAUCAUUUACUCAAAUAGGAAGAUUUAUCUCCUAGAGACAUUAUUGAAGAUUUAACUCAACGUAUUGAUAAACUUAAAGAAUUACUCAAGGGAUAUAAACGAUCAGUUCCUUUACCAAUAAAUCCUGAUGAAUACAUACCAGAAUUAAAAAUGGAAUGA